AGAUGUGGAAGAUUCAUUUAGUGUUGUGAUACAUUGAUUCGCAAGUAUGGGUUUAGAUAUCUUUGUUUUACUGAACACAUGUAAUCUUACAUCUCUAUGCAAUACUGCGAAUAUAUAUCUCUUGUCGCAAUAUUCUUUCUGUUAUUUUUGUAUACGUACUCUUGUAUAUAGGAUCUUGGAAACCUUUUGAUAUCAAUUUUAGCUAUCACUUCUUCUCGAGUACAUUUAUUCAAGAAACAGUCGGUCUAAUACGUCUACUUCCAAAGAAUCACCACAUUAUCCCGCGCCGCAUAUAUACGAAUUCUACCCCGCCAGUCAUCAUUUGUGUUUACCCAAAGAAACCUGCCCUCGAUCUGGAAUCACAUGCUCAGUCCUCGAAGCUACAUUCUAUCUCUCGACGUUUCGAUUCCUGAACUGACAAUUUGAGUGUGAAACAAACAAUCGUAUAUUCAAAAACGCCCCGAGUCCGAAAUUGUCUUGUCUUCGAGUCAGUCUGAAGAUUUGCACUUUCUGAAGUGCAGAAUACGAGUUAAACUCGGCUCAAGACCCAACCCAGAUACUUUAAAGAAAUAUGAAAAUUAUCUCACUACUUGUCGUCUGGAGUUUCUUGCCUGUUAUCAUCGCUUCGUCAUUGUUGGCGCCGACACCGGUUUUCACGGGUACAACUACUAUUCCUACAUUGUCAUCAUCAUCAGCGAUUCCGUUCUUGAUUCGGAAAGAUUGGAGGAAUGGGAAUCCUAGGGAGGGAUUUCAAGCUUCUGGAUCGAGCGAAACGAGUGAAGAGGAUUCGUUAAUUACAACCGCGCCGAGUGUAGAGGAUAUUCAGCUUUGGGAAAAAUAUCAUCAGACUACUUAUUGGAGUUGUGUUACGCGGAUGACUUUGGUUCAUUGUGGAUGGCAUGAACCGAUUCUUGCGGGAGGAACAGAGAUUGCGGGAGCUUCUUGUGGAUCGUGUAAUGCUGGAAGAGUGGUUGUGAUGGCCGCGGGAGCUGUGAUUGUUGCUGGAGUUUUGUGAUGAGAGAUGAGGGUAGGUGUUAGAUUGGACUUAUUUUGCGGGAGGCGG